AUGUCAAACAUUCAGAAUGGUACCCUUUGCAUCCUGGGGUGUGGAAAUCUGGGCGUUGCCAUCCUAAACGGCCUGAUAAAUGCGCCCGCAGAGAAAUCCAGCGAGCUACCCUUCACACAAUACAUCGCCUGCGUGCGCAGUGCAUCCUCAGAGAAGAGGCUGAACGAGCGAUUCGCCCAAUCAACGAACAAAGUAUUCGUCUCUCGCGGCGACAAUGUCAUAGCCAUCCAAAACGCCGACGUAGUCAUUCUAGGCGCAGACCCGGCAGACAUUGAGGAUGUCCUAAGCCAGCCCGGCCUCUGCGAAGCCUUAACCGACAAGCUCCUCAUCAGCAUCGCGGCAGGCUGGACCCGCCAGAAGCUCGAAACAACCAUCUACGGGAGUGCCACAACUGCCGAAAACACCUCCGGGCGCGCAUGGGUUGUGCGGACAUUGCCCAAUAUCGCCGCGCAGGUCUCACAAUCCCUCACGGCAAUCGAAACAUCCGAGCCCGCCUUGCCGGAGCGAUAUCUCCAAAUUACAACAUCGAUCUUUGAACAAAUCGGCAAGGCAGUACACAUUGACCCCAGAUUAAUGAAUGCGACGACAGCUGUCGGAGGCUCAACACCAGCCUUCUUCGCCGUAAUAGUCGAUGCGAUGAUUGACGCCGCAGUUGCGGUCGGGGUCCCCCGCGACCUGGCACACACGAUGAUCUUCCAAUCCAUGCAAGGGACGGCGAGUAUGCUGCAGAGCGGGAUGCAUCCUGCCCUUCUGAAGGAUCAGGGGACAUCACCCGAGGGAUGUACGAUUGGUGGGUUGAUGGUUAUGGAGGAGGCUGGGGUGCGUGGGCAUGUUGGACGGGCGCUUAGGGAGGCUGUUACGUUGGCUAGGUUGAUGGAGACGACGGAUCAUGUCAAUGAUACCAGGCAUUAA